GGCAUAACGCAUAAUCCCUAAUUCCUAUUUCCCUGACUGCUGCGAAGUUGCGAAGUGCGAACAGCGAGCGACGGCGACUCCGACCAGCUGCGCGGACGACGGCGACCAGCCCUCAGCCGCUCAGUGACCGGGACCAGCGACCGGCGACGAGCCCUCAACCGCUCAGCGACCGCGACCGGCGACCAGCCCUCCCCUCCGCGACCAGCGACCGGCGACCAGCCCUCCCCUCCGCGACUUCGACCAGCGACCAGCCCUCUCCGAGCCUUCGCCUCCGCGACCGCGACCGCGACCACGACCACUGACCAGCCGACUGUGUUCUGCUUCUGGAAUCUGGACCUCCGGUUUUGACGGCUCUACCAAAGCGGCGAAUCUCACCGACGGGGCCGACCAGCCCCGCGAGACGGCGAGACCGCGACUGCCAACCAGCCCUGCUCCUUGAUUGCGACCAACGUUGCUCCGCAACGCGACUAGCCUGCUCCGCGAACGCGACCGCCAACCAGCCUGCUCCGCGACCGCCAACCAGCCUGCUCCGCGACCGCGACCAGCUUACGGUGCUUACCUCCUCUAGCCCUCUAGGCUGCUUUAAUUUUCUCACGGUGCAGAAUAACCAUAUUUCAGCUGUCUACAACAGGAAUAUUAUAUAAACAGAGAGGAAAAAGUAAAAAAAAAAAUGAUAAGAGGUGGAAGAAGCCUGGUUUCUUCACUACCAGCAUUCUCAAAUGAUGGGAAGAAGCUCCUUGUCUGCACAGCUAGCACUGUGUCUAUAUUCAGCACCUUCACCGGUUUACAGAUAGGUGAGUUGGAAGGUCAUACAGCACUGGUAACAUCAGUUAUUGUAGUGCCAGCAACAACACCAGCAAGUAAAAUACUGUGCUAUUGUUGGACGGCAUCACUUGAUGGCACAAUUAGAUAUUGGGACUUUUCAGUAGCUGAAUUGAUGAAGACUAUUAAUAUUAAGACCCCAAUUCAUUCCAUGGUGAUUCCAGGACUAGUAUCUCAACCACUAGAGAGCAGUGAAAAAUCUAUGGAUGUUUUUGCUUAUAUUUCUUCUCAGGACAUCAAACAAAAAGAUGGACAAACUUUAAGUUGGCAGAUACAGAAGUGUAACUUAACAAAGUCCCGGCUGGCUGGUGGAGUGAUAUUAACAAAGAGUAAAAAACCGCAAUUAAUCACCCUCAGCCCCAGCGGGAAGUAUAUUGGGUUCUGCGAAAAUCACAAAAUUCGUAUAUGGGAAGUUCAAACGAAAGAUUCUGAUCAUGCAAUCCAUAGAACAAUCAGAUUGCAUCAUACGAAAAAAUUAAACAUUCUAGCUUUCCAUCCAACUGAGAGAAUUGUAGCAGCGGGGGAUGUUACAGGAAGGAUCUUAAUAUGGAGGCAUUUUGGAGAAAGAACGUUUUCUGUUCCUGAUAAGUUGGAAAAUAGAGAAGUUAUCAAGGAUGCAGAGGAGAGGCCUGGAGUGAGAGGCGACGAUGAUGCUGAUUUGUGCACCACAUGGCAUUGGCAUUCUGCAGAAGUGAGGGUCUUAUUUUUUUCUUCUGAUGGUGCCUAUCUCUACUCAGGUGGAAGAGAAGGAGUUCUUGUGCGUUGGCAGCUAGAUACAGGAAAGAGAAACACUCAGUCACGAAUUGGGAGUCCGCUUUCAUAUUUUACAAAUUCGCCAGAUCAUUCACUGUCUUCAGUUUCUUGUGCAGAUAACAGACUUCAACUGCUUGAAAUGCCAUCCAUGAAAAUGCUAAGGUCCAUAUCAGGGAUCAAGCCGCACAAUUCAGUCCCAGAGAGAUAUAAUUUGCCAUGUAGUGAUGCUGCAUUUGAUUCUACUGCUGGGCUAGUUGCCAUAUGCACAGAAAAUUACUGCGUCCAGCUCUUUAGCAUGUUGGAUGACCGAGAAAUUUCAUUGGUUCAAGUCUGUGAAAGAAAUCAUCAGCCGGUUGAUGAAGUCACGGUCAUAGUGAAUAUGGUGGCUCUCUCUCCAGAUGGUUGUACCAUGAGUACUGUAGAGACUAGGCUUCCUGAAGAAGGAAUUGGAGGCCUUGUAUGUCUAAAGUUCUGGACAAGUGGCUCUCAAAAUAAAGACUUCAGCUUAUCUACUGUUAUAUAUGAACCACACAGGGAUGGUGGAGUCUCUGCAAUCACUUUUCAUCCUACGCGUAACAUGGCUGUCAGCUCUUCAUAUGGUGCUGAAUUCAAAAUCUGGGCUUGCAAUAGUGAUGUUCAACAUGGGGAUCAGAUGAAUAAUGCUGGAUGGACAUGCCAUGCUGUUGGUUCAUACAAAAAGAAGCCGAUGACAGCUGCUGCAUUUUCUGCUGAUGGUUCUGUUCUGGCUGUUGCUGCAGAAAGAGUUAUUACUUUGUGGGAUCCAGACAGGAAUGUGCUGGUUGCUACAAUUGGAGAGAGUUUUGAGCCAAUUUCAUGCCUUUCAUUUAUUGGGAAGUCAGAAUAUCUAGUAUCCUCAUCUCAAGGCUCUAAUCCGCAAGUGUCUGUUUGGAGUAUGUCAAAGCUGUCUAUAUCUUGGUCUUGCAAGAUUCAUGCGAAAGCUGUAUCAUGUGCUAUGGAUGGUUCAUCUUUUGCUAUCCUUGCACUUCUUCCUGAUUCAGCUAGGUCCAAGGCAUCUAAUGAAGCUUCAUUGAAUAGUGUGGAUGGGGUAAUUUUAUUGUAUAAUGUAGAAACUCCUGUUCCUUUGGCUACCUGGCUUGUGAAGAAGGCUCAAGGUGGAGGGAUUGGUUUCAUUCUUCGAAGUGAUAAAUCAGAAGAGGAUCUUACAGAUGGAAAACGAUUGCAGAUGCUAUGCUAUAUAAAUAGUGAUCAUGAGUAUGUUCUCUUUGACCCAUAUAGUCAGCAACUUCAUGAUCAGACAAUUAUACAGAGACAUAAAUUUCUUCAAUCUGAUGAGAUAGGGAGGUCUGGGUAUGCAUCUAUGUAUGGGGAACUACCAGAGUUUCACCAAAACCCAAAUCAAACUUCAGCCGCCACAUCUGUACCGUCAGGAAGGCCAUGGGAAACCCUAUGUAGCGGCCCGUCUUAUGCUCUUCCUCUUUCUGAAUUGUGUUCAAAAUUUCUUGAAACAUUUCUGGAGAAGAGGAUGACACCUGUGGAGUGAAUCUCUUGCCUGUUAUUUUGUCAUGAGUUGCAAUGCCAAUCUCUUCUGCAAUUACUUUCUCACAACACUGGUGCAAAGGAGGAGCAGCAACAUGUAUUUGAGGUAUGUGAAGCAGUUUUGCUGCUGAACCCCUGCACCCCUCUCUUUGCCCUUGAAGAUGUGAGCAUACGUCUGGCAAAACCUAGCAUUGUAUUUGAUUUAAUGUUCCGACUUUAUGGAAGCAAAUUUUGUAAUCCCGAAGAACCAGCAAAAUUGUUUCACCUUUACAAAAUGGGAAAUUUUGUCAAUCUACUAAGUGAUUUUUAAGUUUCGCACUA